GUCCAUACAUUGGAAAAUAGAAGAUAUGGUGAGGGGCAUAUUGCUUAUGCAGAAUCUCAUGAUCAAGCUUUGGUUGGCGACAAAACUAUCGCUUUUUGAAAUGUAUGAAAAUAUGUCUUUAAUACAUUCUCAAUUAACUCCUGUUAUCGAUCGAGGAAUUGCACUUCACAAAUUAAUUCGUUUGAUUACUUAUGGUUUGGGAGGCGAGGCUUGGCUUAAUUUUAUGGGUAAUGAAUUUGGCCAUCCAGAAUGGUUGGAUUUUCCUCGCCAUGGAAAUAAUCAAUCGUAUCAUUAUUGUCGGCGACAAUGGAAUUUAGCUGAUGAUGAUAAUUUACGCUACAAAUUUUUAAAUGAUUGGGACCGUUCAAUGAAUCAACUUGAAAAUAAUUUUGGAUUCCUUAGCAAAGGGCCGGGGUAUGUUUCUUGGAAGCACGAAGUUGAUAAAAUAAUUGCCUUUGAGCGUGCUGGUCUUUUGUUUAUAUUUAAUUUUCAUCCGACAAAAAGUUUUAGUGACUAUAAAUUUGGAAUUGAAAAGGCCGGAGUUUAUCAAUUGGCAUUAAACAGUGAUAAUGAGAAGUUUGGAGGACAUAAUCGUUUAAAAGAAGAUCAAGAAUAUCAUACUUUUGCAGAAGGUUAUGCCGGUCGACAAAAUCAUCUUUUUGCUUAUAUACCUUCAAGAGUAGCUAUUGUUUUGAAGAAAAAAGAAUGA